GAUGUAGAGAGAGUGAUAGUGGAGCGAGAGAGAGAAAGAGCGAGAGAGACAGACAGACAGUUGAAUAGAUAGACAGAGAGAGUGAGAGUGGAGCGAGAGAGAGAUAGUCAGAAAGCCAUCGUUUUGCCGGCAGAUUGCUCCUGUUUGUUGGUGGAUAAGCAAAAAUGGGAAGAGGCGGAGAGAACUCCGACACAACCUCACCUAAUCCCAACACUGACUCAUCACAAAGAUACUAUUCAUGGGAGGAAAUCAAGAAACACAAUCAGAAAGAGGACCGCUGGCUAGUUAUAGACAGACAGGUUUACAAUAUAACAAAUUGGUCUCAGCGCCAUCCUGGAGGGAGUAAAGUGAUUGGACAUUAUGCAGGACAAGAUGCUACAGAAGCAUUUCGUGCUUUCCACAACGACUUGGCAUUUGUACGGAAAUUCCUGAAGCCAUUGCACAUUGGAUCUUUGUGUAGCGAUGAAUUCCCAGUGACGGAGAUGUCUGCAGAUUUUGAAGAGUUACGAAGAAUGGCUGAGAAGAUGGGAUUAUUUAAACCAAGUUACUGUUUCUUUUUCCUAAAUGUGGGACACGUACUUAUAUUGGAGGUAUUCGCUUACCUUACCCUGAAGUACUUGGGUACAGGAUGGCUACCCUAUUUCCUCUCUGUCCUGUUUUAUUCCAUUGUGCAAGCCCAGACAGGUUGGAUACAGCAUGACUUUGGACAUCUUUCUGUCUUUAAAAGAAGCAAAUUUGACCAUUUUUGGCACUAUUUCACCAUGGGAUUCAUAAAGGGAGCUUCACCUGCCUGGUGGAGCCACAUGCAUUACCAACACCAUGCAAAACCGAAUGUGCUUGAUAAAGAUCCUGACAUCAGAAUUGACAAAUACUUUGUCAUAGGAGAUACGAUGUCUUUGGAGGUGGCAAAGAAGAAGAAGAAAAGUAUGCCAUAUAAUUUCCAACACAGAUAUUUCUUUGUCAUUGGGCCGCCACUCCUGUUUCCUGUGUAUUUCCAGUAUGCACUUCUACACUACGCUAUUUCAAGGAGAGCUUGGGCCGACCUUGCUUGGAUGGCAGCCUUUUUUAUAAAGAUUUUCUACCUUUAUACUCCCUUUCUUGGAUUCUGGGGAGUGUUGGCAUACUAUUUUGUCGUCAGGUGUGUUGAAAGUCACUGGUUUACCUGGGUCAGUCAGUCUAACCAUAUUCCAAUGGAUGUAGAACAUGAUACAGCCCAACCCUGGCUUGCCUUGCAACUCCAUGCGACCUGUGAUAUUGAGAAGUCAUUUUUCAAUGAUUGGUUUACCGGACAUCUUAAUUUCCAAAUCGAACACCACUUGUUUCCUACAAUGCCACGGCACAAUCUCUACAAGAUUGCACCUUAUGUGAAAUCAUUGUGUGAAAAACAUGGUAUAAGAUACGAAGUAAAACCCCUGGGGAAAGCAUUUGUUGAUGUUGUACGGACCUUGAAACAUUCCGGAGAGAUCUGGUAUGCAGCAUAUCAAGCACAUCAUAUGUUAUAGAAAAUAUCCAUAUUCAUAAAUAUAUAUAUGUAUACAUGUGUGUGUGUAUAUAUAUAUAUAUAUAUAUAUAUAUAUAUACAUAUACAUAUAUUUAUAUGCAUGC